AGCGCGCGAGCGUCGACCACUCGCGACUACUAUAUAAGCGCACGCGCCGCCACCACUGCAUCAGUCAACGUUGAGUUACCACUGACACUUGCCAUCAUGAAAUUCUUGAUCGUAGCCGUUCUGGCCAUCAGCGCCGUCUAUGCUGAUGAGGAGAAGAAGACAGAGAAACGAGGACUCUCCGGCUUGGGCUACGGCGGGUUGGGCUACGCCGGCCAUGGUGUAGGCUACGACGGCUUGGGCUACGGCGGCUACGGCGGGUUGGGUUACAGCGGUUACUCGCCGGUGGCCGUGAGCAAGGUCGCGUACACGACGGCGCACGGCGGUCUCGGAUACGGCGGAUAUGGCGGAUACAACGGCCUGGGCGGAUACUCCGGCCUCGGCGGAUAUGGACUCGGUCACGGCUACUACAGCGCCCCCGCUGUGAGCUACUCUAACCAGGCUGCGUAUGCCGGAUAUGGCGGAUACGGCGGAUACGGACACGGACUUGGCGGAUACGGAGGCGUCGGAUACUACGGACAUCAUUAAUCUU